AUGGGCUACUCCAGAGGAUUGGUACCCGGAGUCUGCCUGCCCAUGGCACUCGCCAGACAGGGCUACAGCACCCAAGCAUCCUUGGGCAUCCCCGACUUGAUCGGAGUCUUCACCUCGGGAGACGAACCAACCUUGCAGCUUGUCGAAGGGCUGAUUUAUCCUGCAGUCAUCCUGGUUUUCGGGCUUCUGGUUCCGCUGACGCAUACCCUCUUCCCGAACGCACCACGAAAGACUGUUCUCUUGAAUGAUCUCAAGUUCCUCCGCCAGGCAUUGGUCACACUGUGGCUGGAAAUUUGCGCGAAUUCCAUCCUUCUCUUACACCACGCCAUGGCAACCGAGGAGCAAGCAAAGAUCAAGCUGCAUUGGCUGAACGGCUCCCGCGCGCAGGCCAUCCUGUGGCUGCUCGAGGAGCUGUCCGUGCCCUACGAGCUGGAGAUAUAUCACCGGCAAAAGACCAUGCUGGCGCCGCCGGAGCUGGAGAAGAUCCACCCUCUCGGCAAGUCGCCGCUGGUGACGGUCACGCCGGCGGGCCCCCCCGGCGGCGCGGAGCCGUUCGUGCUGGCGGAGAGCGGCUUCAUCAUCCAGUACCUGUGCGACCACUACGGCCAGGGCCGGGACCUGGUGCCGCGGCGGUGGAAGGAGGGCCAGGAGGGCCGGGUGGGCGGGGAGACGGAGGAGUGGAUGCGGUACCAGUACAUCCUGUACUACAGCGAGGGCAGCCUGAUGCCGUACCUCUGGCUGACGCUGAUCAUCUCGGCGCUCAAGGGCCCCGCCGUGCCCUUCUUCGUGCGGCCUAUCACCGGCAUGGCGGCCAACAAGAUCAUCUCGAUGGUGGUGCUGCCCAACAUCAAGCGCCACUACGCCCUGCUGGAGCAGAUGCUGGCCACGGCGCCCGGCGGUGGCGGUGGCGGCGGCAAGUUCAUCUGCGGCGAGCACCUGACGGCCGCCGACAUCGUGCUGAGCUACCCGCUGCUCGCGGGCAAGGGCCGGGUGCAGGAGCUCGGCGCCUGGGACAAGGGCACGCCGCAGGCGACCUACCCCAGGCUCUUUGAGUACGUGGCGCGGCUCGAGGCCGAGACCGGGUGGAAGAAGUCGGCGGACAAGAUCCGGGAGAUCGAGGGCGACUUUUCCGUGACGCCCAAGGCGAGCCUCUGA